AAACAACAGGUGAACAAUGCCGAGUCCUACGGCUGCAUCAUGGGUAAAAUUUUUCACAAACGCCGACAUCCCGAGCCAGGCGGCCGCUACCUAUGCUCACGUUUUUGUCGAAAAUCGCAUUCAAAUGGACAUGCUAAUGGAUCUUAACAAGGAAUAUCUACGGGAAAUGGGCAUUACUACGAUGGGCGACAUAAUUGCCAUUUUGCGGCAUGCGAAGAAAGUGUACGAACAAAGUGCCCGUGAAAAGGUCCUGUCGAUCCCGGACUCUGACACAACCGUACCGAUUGCAACCGUAUCGGGUACACCGAACACGGUUACUCUAAGUAACGGGAAGAAAGCCGAAAAGACCCUAACCACACGUAUUGUAUCAUCGGUCGGAACUGCUCUGCACGACGUCAAGCCUCGACGGGUUCUGCCGGAGCACGAAGGAAAAUACAAAAUUACCCUUCCCUCUGGUAGCACCGCCAGGAGCAAGGAAAUUCUCGAGAAGAAGGUUCAACUGACUAAAAGAAGACCGAGCGUUGACGAUCAGAUGGACGCAUCAGCCAAAAGGGCCGCCACAAAACGAAGCAUAUUCGAUAGACUGACCACAGAAGAUGAACCUCCGAGCAAAACUGCAAACUCAGUCAAGAUUCUCGACUCAAUGGGCUCACCGACUUCCAGCUCUAUAUUUUCCCGACUUGGAGGACGUAACAGCGCCGAACAACGUGGCAGCAGUGAUGUCGCCACGUUGGGUACUUCUGGUAUUCUCAAAAAAUCUCCUAGCUUUGCGUCAUCCACUUCGCAGUCACGCUCAGUAGAACGCAAAGUUCCGCCAGUGGUUCAGAAGGUAAUUUUGGUCAAAAGAAUACCAGCCAAGGCGGCUACCCUUUCGUCGGAUGAGGAUGACGACGACGAAGAUCGACGGUUGGAUUUAAGCAGCGGCGACAUGACAGGUGGUGUGAAAUCGGUAUCGUUCUCCGAGGAAGACGAAGUACUGGAAAUAGCUCCCAGAAAAUCGCGUAAACCUAUCGUGGCUAACAGCGCUUCAACUAGCCGAUUGCGUUUCAACGAGAGAGACGUUCCUGUAAAGCAGCGGUUGGGCGCUGGAAGACUUUCAGCAACAGGAUCGGGCAGUGCAGCGCAUCGUGGGGGAACGGGUGCUCUGCAUGGUACGCGAAAGGUGGUGCAAAUGAAACCCUCACCGGUGAAACUGUCACCUGCGCGACCCAGCAUGAAAGCGGAUAACAUGGCUCAAGGACGCAAGCAGCCGAUUCAGAAUCGACUGAGUUUGGGGUCUCGCACCGGAACGGAUUCAAAACAACUUUGGCAACGUUUAGAACGGUUCAGUCUCGAUUCUAAACUCACAAAACCCGGCAAGGGCAACUCCUCCACCAGUAACGGUGGCAGCGUAUUUAAUCGACUUGGAUAUAAUCGUAAGUGAGUUUUACUUCAAAAUAAAGCUACAAUUCGUCGAA